GUGAAGCUUGUAAACUGUGGUGUCAAUCACUGCACCGCCGCCACCACCCGCACCAUUGCCACUACUACCGCCGUCACUGCCCCCACCACCACUAUUACUAGUACUACUACCACCACCACCACCGUUCUCACCACCACCACUACUACUACAGCAACAACAACAUCUUCGGAAUAUAGAAGCCAGAAGUAGGUGAAUAUUGGGGCAUUGGUACCCAAACGAAAAAUGGAUAAUUUAAAACAACAAGUGAUGAUUAACCAGUUUGUUUUGGCCGCUGGCUGUCAUGCCGAACAAGCUAAACAGUUAUUACAAGCCGCAAAAUGGCAAUUCGAGGCAGCACUUAGUAUGUUUUUCCAAGAUUCUUCUGUUCCCAUGUGUCGAACGUGCAACGGCAGCCAUGCGAACGGAAGCUAUUCGCUCUGUACCCCUGCAAAUACUCCAGCAACACCACCAAAUUUCCCUGAGGCUCUUACAGCAUUGUCAAAGUUAUCAACUACAGACAGGUUAGGCUCUUCACCAGCAUAUGCAACAGGAUCACAGUCGAAUACUCAACCGACUCCCAAACCAAUGGAAAUGGCACAUCGAUAAAAUACAAAUGAGAAAAAAAAAAUGUUAAAAAAAAAUAAGAGCGAAAAACAUUUAAGUGAGGGAGGUCCUCUACUGUGCAGAAAGAUAGAAACGGACAAAACAGAUGAUUAAUAAUAGCAACAGUUGUGUUCAUGUGACUCUUUUGUUACAGUGAAGAGAUGUACUAGAGAGUAUUGAGGGGGGAAAACCAGUACUAUUUUGAAUUGCCAAAUAAUGCUGGCUGGCUGUGCUCAUUCCCUUUACAACUGCCAAUGGAUAACCUGUUAUUUGGAUCUUAUUUUGUUUUCAAUUUUUUUUCCCCCUUUUAUUUUAAGAAAUAUACCCAGGGAUUUUUUUUUUUUUUUUCUGUUACAUAUAUAUCAUACAUAUGCAUACACCAUACAUAUGUAUCCAUUGUUUUUAUCUCCUCCAACAGUGUUCCAACACUUUCCAAAUUUAAACAGAAAAUUUUUUUUUUCUCUUUUUUUAUUAGUGCAUAUCUGGCUAUAGGAUAUUUUGGGGAAAUGCCUAACACUGCCUUUUUGUUGGAAAAUGUCAGACUUGCUACCAUUUCCUCACACUCUUAAAUAUUAAAACUCUUGCAUUGGACUUCCGAAAUUUAAACUUCUGUCAGCUUGCGUCAGGCAUGAUAAUGCACCACACAUCCUGUUUAUUAUAGGAUUUGAGGGGGCAAUGUUGCAUCAUGUCUGUUAUGUCUUUCAAAGCUAAUAAUACCUGGUGGUUGCCAAUUCUCACAGGAAUAUUACAGCCAUUGGGAUCUACAACCUCAUCUGCUAUUAAAACGCAAGCAGCACUAAGAAGAUUUGAGAUACUCAACCAUAGUCUCUUGCUUGAAGAAGCCUGGGUGACUUCACUUUCUGUUGAUAAAAAUCAACUUUGGAAUACUGAAAGGCAAAGUUGAACUCUGCGGAAUUUGUAAAGGGCUGGACAUUUAAAUUCAGCAAGGCAUUUGUCUGACGCUCUAUCGGUUUUGCUAAUCCAGCCUCCAUUGAAACUAAUGACUUGUAUAAGAUUGUGUAUUGUCUCACUUGGCAGUGACAGGAAAAGUCUUAGAAUUUAAGGAAUAGUGAAAGAAAAUAUAAAUGGAACAAACAUUUCUGUAAGAGGAUAAGCAGGUCUUUUUCUGUUUUUUUUGGGUUUUUUUUAGUGGAGCACAUUUUUACUUUUGAAUCCUCCAUAUUUGUAUUUUGGUUCUGGCUGUUUGCUCCUACAGUUAAUUCUUGCAACCAUUGCUCUACUUUGGAUUCUGGAAAACCUUUUUCUUUUUUUUUUUGUUUAUUUCAUCCUUUCUCUCUUUUUUUAAACCUAGUUCCAAUGACCUCUGUUUCUUACUCUAUUUUAUGCUUAGGGAACCCAUUAGGCACUUUGAAACAGAUGAAUGCGUUUUAGCUAUUGCAGGUACAGCUAGAAUACAAAUGCAAUAUUAUACUUUAUUCAAAAACCAAAGCAGUACAUAAUUUCUCCCUUAAUCUUUCUAUGCUGUGAAAGCUAUAUUAAAUGGUGAAAAUCUUUUUUCUUUUUUUUUUUUUCUUUGCUAUCAUUAGAACUAUCCAUAUCAUGUUGUAAUUAACUUCAUUAAUAUGAUCCGUUUACAAUCCAUUUGUUAUAUGAAAACAAAUUUAUGAAUAAUGCUAGAAAAAGUAUGUCUCUUGUGUAGUUGAAUUAGUAUCCUAUUAUGUCUUAUGUCUAGAGGUCCCAUUUUUAUUUUUGUAGAGCUCACUAGCAGACACUGCCAGACCAUAUUUGUUGUUUGUAAUUAAUGCUUUAGAAGAAAAUGUUUGAAGAUGUGUAUAGUUAGAAUUUGUAUACUUUUUGUAUACACCUUACAUAUAAAUAUCUACACUGGUAUUUUUAACAAAAGGCUCAGACUAUAUAACGAUUUUUAGUAAUGAAAUAGACUAGUUCUUGACAUUACUCUUGGGUUUUUCUCUUCUUUAAAAUCCUAAUUUCUGGAUAAAAAUACCAAGAAUGUCAGAUAGGGUGUACUGAAAUCAAGCUAAGCGAUGGAACUGAAGACAAUUUCCGGUGACAUUAUAUCAUAUAUAUGUAUAUAUAUCAUAUAUAUGUGUGUGUAUAUAUAUAUAUAUAUAUAAUCUUUUUUAAACUUCCUUUGGUCUUUUAAUGAUUAUUUAUAAUCAUAAUUCUUGUUCACUGUGUGAAUUUCUUUCUUUUGCCUGUGUAUUCCCCUGAUUGCAGCAACUUCAGAACUUCUCUUAAAUUUAAAAAAAAAAUACUUUAAGGAAUUGAAAGUUUCUUGUAAAAAAAAGCCACUAAAGAGCAUUUGAGUUUUUAUAGAAAAGGGACCACCAGUAAGCAUACUUUUUUUCUUUCUUUUUCCACCCCCUUGAUAAGGAUUGGUUGUAAGAAACUGAUAGCUUUUUUUUUUCCUAUUUUAUGAAAAUUUUAAUCUCAUAAUUAGUGUUAAAAAGCAUUAAAUGCUUAGUGAUUUUUAAAAAAGUUUUCUUUGUUUAAAGCUCUUUCGUAUGACUUAAUUUCUGUGAUGUUUGAAAAAGUUGAAUUAUUGGUGCCUACUUCUGUUUAACCAAAUGUAAAAAAAUACCUUGUGCUAUGAUCUUCAGAUUUUUCCAAAUUUGGCUUAAAUUUCAGUCAGUCUGUUAUAACAAUCCCAUGUGCAGCCACUUUACAAGGCACUUAGUGCCUGCAAGUGCUGUUUUAGAGACUCCAUCUAAUUAACUAAGUUUGUCAAUGAUGGACUCUCUAAACAGUCAUUUGACCUGCUAGAAAUAGUAAUCAAAUUCCUUCAAAGCACACCCUACUGUCUUAUAAAAAGGAAAGAUAUAUUGACCAGCGUAAGUCUAAUGCAAAAAAAAAUGUCAGUCGUGGCUAAGAAAAAAAAAAUAGCCAAGACUGAUUUUGAGGCUAACCAACAACUUACAUUGGUGAAUAUUUUAAUUCUUAAGAACUCAAAGAAAUCCUCUUCAAAGUUUGGUUUUAUAAAUUACUAAAUUUUAAUAAGUUUGAUUUUAAUUUUUAUUUUUACAUUACAGAUUUUUUUAUGCUUUUAUAAGUUUUUGAAUGUUUAUUUACUGAAAGGCCAACUGGUGCUCAUACAUAAGUAAAAUAUUGUUGUUGUUUUUUUUCCUAACUGAAUGGAAUAUUAGAUCAAGGAUUUACAAAUUGUGUCCAGUGUAAGAAUCUUGAAGAAAAGAGAAAGAUAAAAUUAGUUUGAUCAUACAUCAUUUCCACUCCAAAUGUGUCAUCUACUGAAGGCAGUUGUCUGAGAAGAUCUAUAUUCCUCCAGAAUAUUUAUUUAUUACAUGUAUCAGUUGGUCAUAGAAUAUUCUGGUGAGAGUUUGUGUUGUUGAGCUAAGCGUUCAUUCUCUGAAUAUGCCUGUCGUCAGUUUCACUUUCUCUCCAUGUCUUAACCUUUCUUAAAUCCUGUCACAGAUUCCUGAAAAUGGAGAGAAAAACUAUUUACCUUGAGUCUGUUGCUCCCCACUAAUAAAAACUUGUUGAUUGAUAUCAAGUCUGUUCAUUUCUAUUUAAAAGAAGAAAAGGAAAAACACAAAAAAAAUUACAAAAAACACUGGGAAAAAUUAUAAGAAAAAUAUUAUUUCAUAUAUUUCUAUGAUGCAUUUUGGAAUUUUUAGCAAUCUUCCGUUAUCUUCUUAUAUCGCUUUCAUGUGUGAAAUAUUUUUCUGCCCCAUUUCAUCAAAUAUGUUCUGUCACUGCAAAUAAAUCUGUACAUUUGUA